AUGUCCCAAAUUCCUGUUAGCGACCUUCUCUGCGAGGCCGGUGCCCUUAGUCUUAACGACCCAACAGGUGAAACCCCAGAAUUCUCAAUAGAGAAUGCCACACUGGCACAGCAGGCGCCGGACGUCUUUGAACAGAGCCCAUUCUCCGUUCCUACUACCGAAGAUACCUCCUGGAGCGAUGGAUCAUGGGAUCUAUACAAGUUGUACCUCGCAGAGAUGGGUCAUCGAGGCAACCAACCUGGUAUACACAAUACCGCACCAUCUGUUCCUCAAGCCCCCAUCCAGCAACUAGGCCAGCCGCCAUCGAUCAAUGAUACUACAUACACCUUCUGGUCUGAUACCUCGACGGCGUACAACUGCUUCGAGGAAUGGGAUAGAUAUAUUCAAAGUAUGGGACAACUCGAGUGCUCUUUAGAUGAUUGGUUUAUAUGA